CUCGUGUCGUGCGUGGUUGUAAACAGUUGUGAUCGCAUUCCGGUGCUUUGAGGAGGCGCAGAGAGUCAUGAAAAUGAAGUCGGAUAAGAUGAGGCCGAAAAGCAGGGGUGUGUCGUCCGGGCUGGCGAAAAAAAAGAAGCGGAGCAUCCAUGUGAAAGGCAGCUGGACGGCUGUGCAGCUCGACCCCAGCAUCUUCUCCGAGGAGGGCCUGGAGGGACUGGUGUGUUUCGAGGAGCUGGCAAGUUACAGUCUGGUGGACUCCGACAAGGCUGCGGCCACAGCAGCCAGAGAGCUGAGGAAGAAGGAGGAGAAGAAGAUGAAGAGGAAGGCGAAGGAUAAAGCGAAGAAAAGAAAGGCCAGCGAGGGAGGGGGAGAAGGGGGUCCUGGUGUGGAGGGCACAGAGGGAGAGGAACCAACUGAACCACCCAAAAAGAAAGUCACAAAUAAGAAUAAGAAUAAGAAACAAGCUGCAAAAGAAUCAGUCCCAGAAGAUGUCAUUUCAACAGAGCAGGUAGGAGGAGGAGGAGGAGAAGGGGGUCCCGGUGUGGAGGGCACAGAGGGAGAGGAACCAACUGAACCACCUAAAAAGAAAGUCACGAAAAAUAAUAAGAAACAAGCUGCAAAAGAAUCAGUCCCAGAAGAUGUCAUUUCGACAAAGCAGGGAGGAGGAGAAGAGGGUCCCGGUGUGGAGGGCACAGAGGGAGAGGAACCAACUGAACCACCUAAAAAGAAAGUCACAAAAAAGAAUAAGAAACAAGCUGUAAAAGAAUCAGUCCCAGAAGAUGUCAUUUUGACAGAGAAGACACAGGAGGAUGGAGCUGCAAACGCAGAGGGAGGACCAGAAGAAGAUACAGCUAAAGAAGACCCUCAACAAAAUGUCCAAGCAAAGAAGAGCAAUAAAAUGAAGAAUAAGGUACAGAAACAGCCAAUAGAAGAGGAGGACGAGAAACAGACAAAUCUGGAGGCCCCUCCAGAACUUCAGGUUCCGGAAAUAGAAAAAUCCUCGCAAAAAAAAGUGACCAACCUGGCUAAAAAGAAAAACAAGAACUGGACAAAUGUCGCACAAUCUGGCUCUGAGGACCAAAAGGCUGAUGUGGAAGCGUGGAAGGAUCUGUUUGUUCCUUCGCCCGUGCUGAAGGCGCUGAGCAGCCUGGGAUUUGGUUCGCCUACGCCGAUUCAAGCCCUGGCACUACCCUCAGCCAUCAGGGAUCGCAUGGAUAUACUGGGGGCAGCGGAGACGGGAAGUGGUAAGACGCUGGCUUUUGGUAUUCCCAUGAUCCACGCCAUCCUGGAGUGGAGAAAGGGCUCAGAUGAACCUGCUGAGAGCACUAGUGAACCAGCCCCACAGGUGGAGAGUUUGUAUUUACCAAGCCUAAAGUCCGAAAGUGAUGCUGAGUCCGAAACAGAGGAGGACAACGUGGAGGCUGUGGAAGAAGACGACGAAGGUGUCUCAGACCAGGACCAAGGGGACUCAGAUGACCUUGAGGAGGGUGAGGAGGAUGAGGGUGAGGAAGAUGACGAGGAUGACGGUGAUGAGGAUCAGACACUUGGAUGCGUGAAAGUGAUCGAAGAUGCAGAGUUUGACUUAGACGAAGAAGCUGAAGAAAAACCUGCAGGGGGUCGGAACCAGCCUUUGCUUGGACUGGUGCUCACUCCCACCAGGGAGCUGGCUGUUCAGGUCAAACACCACAUUGAUGCUGUCGCUAAAUUCACUGAUAUCAAGACGGCGAUAAUUGUGGGUGGAAUGGCACAACAGAAACAGAGGAGGAUGUUAAAACGCCGGCCGGAGAUUGUCAUCGCGACUCCAGGACGUCUGUGGGACUUGAUCAAGGAGAAACAUCCACAUCUGCUGAACCUCAGACAGCUCAAGUGCCUGGUCAUAGACGAAGCCGAUCGCAUGGUGGAAAGAGGCCACUUUGCAGAGCUGGAGAAUCUGCUGGAGAUGCUGAAAACCGUGCACUUCAACCCCACAAGGCAAACAUUUGUGUUCUCUGCCACACUGACCAUGGCUCACAGUCUGCCCACCCGCCUCCUGCAGAAGAAGAAGAGGAAGAAUAUGGACCAGAGGGGCAAGCUGGAAGUUCUCAUGGAGAAAGUGGGGAUCAAGUCCAAACCCAAAAUCAUCGACCUCACCAGGAAGGAGGCGACGGUGGAGACGCUGACCGAGACGCGGAUCCACUGCCAGAAAGAGGAGAAGGACUUCUACCUGUAUUACUUCUUGCUGCAGUUCCCUGGGCGCACCAUGGUGUUCGCCAACAGCAUAGACUGUAUCAAGAGACUGAACUCCCUGCUGGUGAUCUUAGAAUUUGAUCCACUGCCUCUACACGCCAACAUGCACCAGAAACAACGCCUGAAAAACCUGGAGAGGUUUGCUGAGAGGGAGAAUUGUGUUCUGCUGACCACCGAUGUAGCUGCAAGAGGACUGGAUAUUCCCAACAUUCAACAUGUGAUCCACUACCAGGUUCCCAGGACAUCUGAGACUUAUGUCCAUCGGAGUGGCAGAACAGCGAGAGCGACUAAAGAGGGUCUCAGUUUGCUGGUAAUCGGCCCAGACGACGUGUUGAACUUCAGGAAGAUUUAUAAUACUCUAGGGAAGGACGAGGACCUUCCAAUGUUCCCAGUAGAGAGCAAAUGCAUGGAAGCAAUCAAAGAACGAGUAAACUUGGCCAGGAGCAUAGAGAAGAUUGAGUUCCACAACGGCAGAGAGAAGCAACACAACUCCUGGUUCGCAAAAGCAGCAGAGGCCCUGGAGGUGGACCUGGAUGAUGAUCUUUUACUCGGCGGACCAAAGGAUGAGGAUGGUGACAGAGAGCAGCAGAAGAUGGUCAAGAGCAUGAAAAAGCAUUUGAAGCAUUUGAGAUCCCAGCCUGUGUUCAAGAACCUGGUAAAGACCAGGUACCCGACUCAGAUGGGAAAACUCGCCCUGCCCAACCUGCCUCGUGCCGGUUUGGAAAGCGCCCUGACCAAGGUGUCAAUACAGCAGAAGGAAGACGACUUAAAAAAAUGUGGUCCACCACAGCCUGGGAAGAAGAAGCUGAGGAAGGAGCAGAGGAAGGAGCAGAGGAAGGAAAAGAGGCUGAAGCAGAGGCAGCAGCAGCGGGACCAGCAUCAGCAGCAGGAACAGCAGGAGCAGCAGCAGCAGGAGCAGCAGCAGUGAUAUGUUAUAAGAAAUGUGUAUUUAAAAAAAAAAAAUCCAUCUAAGACAAAGUUAAAAUGCUAAAUAGAUAAAUGUAAUUUUUAACAUGCACAAUGUGCAAUAGUUGUACUUCCAGAUGUUGUUGAUUCUCUGUACGCUGCAAGAUUUUAUAAAAAUCUGUUUUCACAAGUGUCUUAAAGCGCUGCUGGGAUGUAUUCAACCAAAGUUCGAGUUCCUGAGUUGUGCAGGGUUGUGACAUAUCGCUGGUCAGUGGUGAGGUCGCGGGUAGAGAAUGUUGUAGUGCGAUGUUUGGUAGAGGAGGUGCAGGGAGGGCUCCGCACCCUCUGGAAUCAUGUGGUGAGCCAACUGCUGCUCGUCACCAUCCACAGAGACGAUAUGUGUGCAAAUGUCCAAAGCCUCAGAGAGAGCCAGAAUGUCCACGUGAUCGCACUCCAUCCCCAUCACCUCCACUUCCUGCAUGAAGGGAACAAAGACGUCAGCAAGCCUGCUCCAACGGCAACCCGUUUCUUCACUAGAUGGCAGCAACACUUUACUGACCUGACGACAGUAUGCGUGUAGAUUGGGCGCCUCCACAAAGUUGGAGAAGAACUGUGCGUGGCUCUGCAGGUGGGCCGAGGUGAGCAGCCUUAGAUACUGCACCACGUGGUCAGAGGUGAUCUGCUCAUUGAAGAGCCUCAGCAACGCGUAGUCCUGCUCGUCAGCCUGGCACUGCUCCACCACAUCUACCACCUUCAAGAGAACAGCAACAAUCAGGUAAUGAGUUUUACCAAAAGAGGAUGUUCCCAAUACCACAAAAGGGAUGGAACAACUUUUAAUUACCUGCACCUUCUUAAGAUGCAAGUCUAGCGGCAUACUUUUAAUACUAUUUACAGUAAGGUGCAACUUAUGUAGGGUUUUAUCUGCUGAUUUAAAAACUGAAGCUUUCAAAAUGUGAAUCCAAUCUGUUUAAUGUCACUACUGGGCAGAGGGGAUUAAACACGCCCCCCCCCCAUUUUUUUCAAUUUGUUGCCCUGAACUAGCAAACACACAGAUUUUCCACAGUUUUCAUUAAAUGGUGAAAUGUUUGAUUUAUGUAUACAUGGUUUGUUCAAAAGA